AUCGGUGAUCGUUGCCUAUCAGCGCGCGCCCGAUAUGGUUGCUUGACAUCCCCCGCACCACAUCCCAGUCUUUGACGUUCUGUCUUUAAAUUUUCUGACUAAGUUGCCUCCUAUUGCCACGACACUUGUGCAAGACUCUCGUCCUCAUGACCGUGACCUACCCGGCAGUUCCUCCUCUCAACGAAAGCUGGCCCCUUCCUCCGGCCAAUGAAAUCGGACUGCACCCUGACGGGUUAGCGCAUGGAAUCUCCUACUAUCUGCCGAAAGUGCGGCACUCCGACUUCCUAAGCCUGCGGCGAAGUAUCAAGAUAAAUUAAUUGCCGUUCGGGUGGUAGCAUGGCUCAUCAAGGACUUUUAUGAACACAAUAUGACCGCCGGCUACAAGAGCCUGACUCGCCAAGUACUGUCGUGCAACAACGUGUCAAUGGCACUGGGGCCGGCGGAGGACCUCGAGCAGCGUCACGAAAAAGUCUUCCAGCUCGGUAUAGAUCUACGCAAUCAACUGUUUCGCGUGUUUUGCUCGCGCACCGAUCGUACUCCAUCCCCAUCCCCUCACGCCUCCCUCCCGUCCUACGAAAAGCACAGAGCUGAUAUCCUCAAGAGCAUGGCAGAGGUCCCGCCCUGAGCAAGGAAGGACACAUUCGCAGGCCAAGGUCGACGCCCUGCUGCGGGACGGCCAUAAAUGUGUAAUGACACGUCUAUAUGACAAGGUUACCCUCAUGAACGUUCCCGAAUUGAACCAGAAGUCGGAUCAUGAGGGAGUGGGGAGCGUCGAGACUGAGGUCGCUCACUUGAUCUCGGGCACCGCGCAAUCUUAUUCCGAAUAUUCUGCAAGCGCUUUGGCUCUGCUUGAAAGCUUUGGUCUACGCAGUUUAGUCGAUAAGCUGCAGGGUAAAUGCGUGAAUACUUUGUUUCACACCAUGACCUUGUCCAUCGCCUUGCACAAGGACUAUGAUAAAUUUCUCUUCUGGCUUGAAGCUAUCCCUGGAACGGAGCAUACCUACACUGUCGUUGCGCGCCAUCCGCCAACUUUCUUCAAGCAGGUGCCCAAGCCAUCUCGGGAGGUGGCAUUUCGCGUAGAUCCUGAUGCGGCGCGAGACGCUGCCGCCAAUGGCAUCGAACUGCCUCUCCCUGAUCCAGAGCUGAUGAACAUCCGUGCUUCAUGCGCCCGUGCUGCUGUGAUGUCCGGUGCCGCUGAUCAAUUUCGGCUGCUAACGGAGGAUCGGGACGAUGCGGGGACGCUGACGGAUUCGGAUUCUGCGAUGCAUCUUCUCGACUCCCUACUUUAUGCUGUAUCUGAUCAUUCUUAUGUGCGCACAUUAGCUCCUGGAGCAUAAUCUUGUCCCCUAGUUUCUUGCCAGUGAACUUUUUGUAAGAUCGACACAGCAGAUUCUGCUCUACUGCAUGAGUGCAGAUGCGUCUGGGAUAGGGCGCGCCUAGGCGUUUGGAUUGCUCUGUGCAUAUGUACUGGAACCGAAUUUUGUUCUAUCCGAUAUCCACUGGGUGAAUCGAGAAGAAAAAUCAAGCCAAUUCUGUUGGAUUGAUCGUUAGAGUGAUCCGUACACUAUCUACUCGUGGCUGUGUAAUCAUCAGACACUGUUAUAC